UUAUUCAAUUUUGAUCGCUUUUUUUGUUUUCUUUUCCCAUCUUCCCCCUCCCCUUCGCUGUAAUCUCUCGUCUCGUUUGUGUGCAAGAUCGUCGGAAGCCGCGGAAGCGAAGCUGCAAACUGUAAUGACGUUUUGUUAAACCGCACACGUUUCGUUCACGACAAUCGGCGAGUGCGCGUACGAGGAUUAAUUUUCAAGGGGACCGCGGCUAGCUUUUAGGUUAGGACGUGAUCGUUGGAGAAUGCAUCACGCUGGAAAACUGUCGGGUGAAAGUGCGCGUCGUCGGGGAUUCCGACAGAGCGAAGGCCGCUCUCGAGCGCCUUGAAGUGAACGACAUUUCAGGAAAUCCGUCCUGAAUAAAAAGCUUUGUCGCAAACGUCAACGAUUUCUCUCUUUUUCCCAUUUUGGGUGAUUCUCGACGCUACCCAGACAGAGAAAGAUGAUAAAAGCGAGAUCCGCAGAGUGUUGGAUAUCUCAGUGAGCAAGGAAGCACUAUAAUUAUCAUGGCAGAGGAGGAGGGUACAGAGUGGCUUCAGGAACUAUUGCACGAUGUGCAGCUCUCUCAGUUCUUCACGCGAAUACGGGAUGAUCUACAGAUCACUCGGUUGCAUCACUUUGAUUAUGUACAACCGGAAGAUCUGGAGAAGAUCGGUCUGGGUAAACCCGGCGUCAGGCGCCUGCUGGAUGCAGUAAAGAAGAGACGGAGCACUCAGUGGAAGAAAACUCUGAUCACCAAAAUUAAACCCGGCAGUAGUAGUAAAAACAGCAAGCGAGCCUCACAGCCUAUCGAGACUUCCUCGGCACUGACGUGUCUCAUACAGGACAAGGAUGUAGUAUUGUCCAUUAAACUGGGCGAUGGAAGCUUCGGUGUAGUUAGAAGAGGGGAAUGGACUUCUCCCUCUGGACGAACUCUGCCGGUUGCCGUGAAAGUCCUGAAGGCGGAUGCUCUUACACAGCCAAAUGUCAUAGAAGAUUUUGUGUCUGAAGUUCAGGCAAUGCAUACUUUAGAUCAUCAUAAUCUCAUUCGACUAUAUGGUGUGGUGCUGUCGCAACCAAUGAUGAUGGUGACCGAGCUCGCACCUUUAGGCGCAUUGCUCGACCACUUGCGACAGCAGUGCGGCAGAAUCUCGAUUCUCACCCUCUGCAAUUAUGCGCUGCAAGUCGCUACAGGAAUGGCAUAUUUGGAGGCGAAACGUUUUCUACAUCGCGACCUGGCGUGCAGAAACGUUCUGUUGAGCACAGUCGACAAAGUCAAGAUCGGUGAUUUUGGACUAAUGAGAGCGCUUCCUCAAGAGGAAGAUUGCUACGUCAUGACCGAACAUAAGAAAGUGCCUUUUCCAUGGUGCGCUCCCGAAUCUCUCAAAGCUCGACAGUUCAGCCACGCGUCGGAUGUUUGGAUGUUCGGUGUGACGCUGUGGGAGAUGCUGACAUUUGGCGAGGAGCCCUGGCUCGGCCUAAAUGGUUCCGAGAUACUGCGGAAGAUUGAUCGCGAAAGCGAGCGGCUUCAUGAGCCGGAAGCGACGCCUCCGUACAUGUAUGAAUUAAUGCUUCGUUGCUGGGCGAGAGAACCUUCGGAGAGACCAACGUUCGCCUCUUUGAAGGAGUCGUUGACUGGCAUGGUACCAUCUGUAAUGAAAGCUCUGACCGCUUUCGACGAGCCUGAUAAGAUGUCUAUUGAACCGGGAGACCAGAUCGUAAUUAUUGAUGGGCGACCAGAGAAUUAUUGGUGGAAGGGCCAAAACCAGCGAACGUUUCAGGUGGGACACUUUCCGCGCUGCCUGGUCGAUCCGAUGCGUCGGAAACAGCCGGGAGACAUCAGCAAGCCAUUAGAAAAUUCGUUCAUCCAUACAGGACAUGGCGCGCCUUUCGGCAAGAGUUGGGGUAGCCCUGUUUACAUCGACGAUGUAUACUUGAGAAAUCCGAUGGAUCCUCCGGAUGUAUUGGUGGCGACCACGGCUGAUAAUCAGACAAAGAAGAGAUUUUCUUGCGGUACACCACGUACUAGAAAGCAAUUCAAUUAUACGAAACUGCGCAACGAUGUUCGAUCGAGUCCGGCCAAGAUCUCGCAGUCAUCGUCUACUUCGAGCCAAGAAGGCAACUUGAUUGACUUGACCGUCGAGGAAUUGGCGAGCACGAGCGCGCAGGAGGAAAUUGCAUGUAGGCGAGUGAUCAACAUUCUAGAUGAGCCAAUCGAUGGCGAGAAGUUUCCCUGGCAGGACGAGGAGGGCAGGACGUACGCAAACUUUCCCGGGAAUGUGGAUCCCGCGUAUUCUGAUCCCUUCGAUACAUCCGCAGUGUUCAUGAAGCCGCCACAUUCGCGAUAUUAUAGUCAUGUGCCCAGUGAAGUUGCAAGUCGUUAUAUGAAGACGCAGAUGUACGGAAAUGUAGACAACCAAGAGGCGGGAAAUCAAAGCACUGUGAAUUGUUUCGUCGCUGAUUCUACUGAUACAGAGGAAGCUCGUCAGUAUUCGGUGAAUCUGAAUAAGGAUUGUCGACAGGACGCAGUAAAUUUGAAUGUGAAUAUGAAUGCAGAAAGUGAUGUCACGAGUCACUAUAGCGAGAUAGAUAAGCUUAGCCCUCGCGGAUCAAACUGGUCUACCUGGCCGGAGGAUUUACGGAAUUCUUCUGUUGCACAGACGUAUGCUAACGUUUCCAACAGUGAGCCCGCGUCGUCCUUUGUCGCCCCAAUUCCGCCGCCUCCUCCCUCCAUCGGACCAAAUACGAGUCCAUCUAAGCCAAAAUCCAAUUGUGAACUCGCACGGAGUAUGAACGAGUUAUCGCUGAAUUCCAACUCCAGUGCCAAUGUCACGAGAAAGUUGGAUCCCGGCUUCUUGGCUGAGCUGGAGAAGCACUUAGGCGAGAAGGAGGCGACGAAGAACACAAAUUCUGCCAACAGUGAAGAAAACCAAGAAUUGGGAAGCGCGAAUUAUUUGCGCUGCUCAUCGCAGGACAAGUUGCGACAAAGUUCCACAUUGACUCAGCAGCACUCAACAACGGUAGAAGACACUGCCAGAUCAUUAUCAGUCAUUCCAGUAUUGAAGUCUCCGCCGCACAAGAAAUCAAAAUCGCCGGUGACGACGACGGAUCGUCGAGCAUCUUCUUUCUCGUCGACACCACCUAUUAGCAAAGUACAAAACUCUUGGCAGUCAAAAAGUACGAACAUUCAAAGACCGCGUCCCACGGAUGAGCAACGCAUGUCAGAGUCGACCACUGAUGCCAUAGUGGGUCAAAUCUGGCAGCAAACACAGACUCUGUCACAGCAGCAGCAAAACAUCUGUCCGACAGAUUUGGCUGCUGGAUGUCAGACAUUAACGCCUAUUCCAGCGGCUCAAGGAAGCGCUAAUCUGCUUCAAGAAGCCGUCGGCAACAUUGUCAUUAGCGGUGCAAACGAACAUGGUCCCUGCAAUGUUGCCAAGGCCAUUUUUACCCAGUCGCAAGCUUGCUCAUCAAAUCAUAUUCAAUCUCCAAAUACGACGCAUAUCAAUCAAGGUAAUAUCAAUCUGCUUCACGGAACUGCCAACAAUAGUGCUGGCAGUGGUAGCACGAACGAAGCUCAACAUGGUCCCUGCAAUGUUACCAAGGCCACAUUUAAUCAAACUCAAGCUUGUUCAGCAAACACUGAGAGUUAUCUUCAAAAUUCAUCGAGUCUUGGCAAGGGUGUUUUCAAUUUGCUGCAGAUUGCCACCAGUAGCGUUACGAACGAUCCUCAGUACGAUGUCGCGACUACUUCUAAAGCGAACUUGAAUCAAACGCAGGAUUGUUCGUCAACCAGUAAUCAAAAUUAUAAUGCAUCGAGUGUUGGUCUUAACUUGCUUCAAACUACCAAUAAUAUUUCUGGUAACAGUGCGAGCGAACCCUCUCUGUAUGGAUCUUGCAAUAUCUCCAAGGCUGCUUCCACCACACAGGCUUGUACGACGAUAAGUCAGAACUACUUGCAGAAUCAGAGUAGCUUCGCUUCGCAUCAAAUCUGCCUUCAGAAUGUGCCAAUGUCGUCCGGUGCGAGUAAUGUCCAUAAGAUCGCUCAUAUACAGAAUGAUUUGCAGCAACUGCAACACUUGAAACCUGCCACGCUUUUAUCCGAACAAGUAUACGCCGAAUUGAAACAAACGAUACCUAAUCUAGAGCAGUUAUCUCAGAAUGAAUUCAAUACUCUCUACAAUAAAACUGUUCAACAGAAUAUACUGCGAAAUUACUAUUCUAAUAACCUGAGUGGGGAGUCGAGCCAAAAUUACGCUCAGGAAAUGACUAGCAAUCAACAACAACAAAAGACUAUGAUUGGCAGAAAUCAGUCUGUUCAGGGACACUCUUGCGACUUUAGUCCUUAUCUGAAACAGCCACCAGUUUACAAUCCACCGCCUCCUCCGACCUGGAGCUCGCUUAAAUCUGAUCAAAAUGGUUACAUGCAAAACCAUUAUUCUACAACCAAGUGCAACUUGAGUGGACCCUCUAAUCUGCUGCAAACUGAAACUUCUUCAUCAACAAAAAAUAAAUCUGGAUCAGCGACGACGAAUGAUCUGGCUGCCGUCAAAGUGAAUCUGUUGCAAGUCAAUCAACACCAAACCGGUACUAGUCCUCCGCUCACCGCGGCUUCCCAGCAAUUGGUGAUGUCGCUAAGUGACGAGUUUCGAGCGAGCAGGAUCAUGAAGGUGCAGAAGGAGGCCGGGGACGCGUCGCAGCAGGAGGUACUGGCCGCGCUGCAGGCGACCGGCUGGGAUACGAAUCAAGCCGCUAAACAAAUCGCGAAAGAUAGGCAGGCGAAGGUCGAAAGUCUAGUGAGGUUGGGCUUGGCCAAUAAACAACAGUGCGAAAGCAUUCUGAAGCAGACUAAAUACGAUGUAGAAAUGGCAGCUUCAUUAUUGCUCGAUCAAACCAGAUGAGAAAUAACCAUGGUCAAUGUUUCAAAACUUCCUGUGACAUAGUUAUAACUAUACGUUUAUUUAUGAACAAAAGCAAUAGACAAGAAUUUUGCUUAAGAAACAACAAAAGCGAUCUGUCUAAGAUUACUUGUGGUUUUUUUUGUCGAGCUUUUGCAUUCCGUUCUGUGGCACAAUUUAAUGCUAAACGUGACUGAUGCUUACUGUUUGGAUGGUUUAAAAACAGUUAUUGUGCAUAAUCUAUAGGUGAUAAAGAUAUUACUAGUGUGUGACAUCACUCUAAUACGUAACAAAUAUAAAUCUGAAACUGUGAUAUGUUAUUGAUCUUUAUCUGGAUUUACAAUUAUAGUCUUGUUAAUGAAUUUUUGAAGGAAAGGACAGUGAUAAGAAACUACAUUUUAUUUAUGAGUGAUGUUGAAAAAAAGUUGAGAUUAUUAAGUAAUAUUUAAUUUAUAUACAAGAUAAAACAAUUAGCACUUUAAAUUUCAUCUUCGAAAUUUUGUGUAUAAGAAGAAAAUUUGCCAAACAAAAAUUGCAUCUAAAGAGGAUAAUUAUAUUAUAGCCGCUCCUUUUCUACCAUGACAUUUAUGUUUGUUAAAUUUUUCUCCUAUUCAUAUAAUUAUGAAAAUAAUGAAAAUGCUAAUUGUUAUCGGCAAAUUGUGUGUGUAUGUGUAGGCGACAAUUAGUGACAAAUCUACAUUUUUAGUUUAUAGUUAAAAAUUAUUUCAAUAUGGCACAUAUAGAAAAUAUAUGCUCUUUCUGUCAAUUAACAUAAUUAUCAUUUAACGGAAUAAUUAAUAUUUUUAAUUUGUCAAAAAAAGAGUAGAAUUAUAUCAUAGUUCAAAAAUAUAUGUUGCUACCUAUAUAUCAAAAUCUCUUGACAUCUCUUGACAGUUCUAAAAUUGAACUUUAUAUCGGUAAAUCUGACGCUGAUUAAAAUAUUUGAUUUUACUUUUAAGUUUGAAGUUUAUAUCAUAAUAGAUAUAUUACAAAUAUACACUUCAAAAAAUAUUCUAUAUAUUACAGUAGAAAAUUUAAGAAAGAAAGAGUUCAAGAUUUAUAAACCCUUUCAAACUAAAAAUCGAAAAGUUUACGAAUAUUAUAGAAUUUAUAGUUUUAAAAAGAUUUUUAAAAGAUUCUUUAAAAGAUUCUUUAAAAAAAAUGUGUUCUGAAAUUCACCGAAUCCAGAGACUUAAACAUUUGAGAAUCCUAAGGAAUCUAGGAUUUAAAAAGAAUUCAAGAAUUUAGAAACAUUUAGACAAAUGCGUGUAUUUAGAUAUUGAAAAACAGAAAAAUCUAUAAACUGGAUAAAGAGAGAAAGAGAGAGAGAGAUUAACAAAGAUGAACAAAUAUAUUAUUAAUAACUCUGUUAUAUUAUCGAACAAAGGAGUAAGUAUUAGGAAAGAAAUAAAUAUUAGGAAAAAUCACAAACGCGAUUGUUACUGUAAGUCCAGAUGAAGAUUAGAGGGUUUAGAUAUUAUCAUGAUAUGUAGUUUUUCUUCCUACAUUUAUUGAAGAAUAUCGAGAGAGUUAUUUUAUUAUUACGUAUAAACCAAACCAGAGUGUACAUAAUAAUAGCAUAAUUUUUUUAUUUAACCUUGUAGUCAAUACUCUACUCAAUUCUUUCUCUUUAGGAUGCCUUUUUUCUGUUUGACGAGCGAACAAAUUAUAUGAAUGAAUAAAAAAAUUACGUUGAA